AUGUCUGGCACUCUUCUCUUGUGCAACGACGUGGGGCGAGAUUUCAGAAGGCUUGAAAAGAGAGUGGUCAAAACAGAGAGUGAAGAUUCCGAGUGGCUCAAGUUCACAGCAACAUCUUCGCAGUGCGAUCGACCUCAAAUGAGCAAUAUGAGGGAGCGGAAGGUGGGCAGCUCGUCUUCAUUUUCCACCUCGACCUCUCAGCCUGAACAACCUUGUCGACAGCCAUACGAACUGGUAUGGCAAGGGUAUCCUUACAAUUCGGACUUGUUCCACGUCCUCGACUGGACGGUCGACCUUAUGACGAGUUUCCGAGCAGUGGGAUGGGAACAUCGAAUCUCAACCAUAGGGCAGAUUGACCCAUCAAUGCCGCGAGACAAGUCCCAAAGUACUACUGCCACUGGGAUUCGCGGUGACGAAAGGCAGACAUCGAUGGCUGCUUCGCAUUUUCCGCGAACCCAUCAGUUGAGAGCCUUACGAGGCUUUAUCAUCAACUAUCUCUUCCUCGAUUUUCUGAAGGCAGUCAUGAUCACGGACCCGUACUUUCUGGGCGUGGCACCGUUGGAAUCGUCUACACCCUGGACUUGGCUUGCUCACAUGGACAAUGCUGUGCCAGUUGCAACUCGCUUUGUUCGGCUGUGGAUUACGAUGUGUGGAGUCGUAACUGCAUUGACGUUGAUCUUCAGCCUCAGUCCGUUGUUCUUCGCUACCAUCCUUCCCACUUUUGUCGACCUCACAAAGAUUACAAAGGCACCUCUCACGGAAACAUGGAUGUAUCCACCUUAUUGGCAAUCGUUAUCGACGUCGGUCCUGUACUCUGGGCUGGCAGGGUUAUGGGGCAGAUGUUGGCAUCAGAUGUUUCGGUUUGGCAUCUCAGAACCAUCCCGAGUCUUGAUUGAGGGACUGCAGCUGGACGCUCGCGGCAACAUUGCUCGAACCGUUCAGCUUCUGGUCGCUUUCACGUUGUCAGGCUCAAUCCAUGCGAGUGCUAGCUACACAACAUUUUCACUCAACGGCUCGCAUCCACUCUCUGGCCCCUUAUUGUUCUUUCUCCUACAAGGCGUUGGCAUUCUCUUACAAUCAUUCAUAGUCAAACUCAUAUACAGACACGCUUCGUGGGUCAAGAAUCUGCCAUCCGGUAUAGGCCAGACGGCAAAUGCGCUCGUGGUGGUGUUAUAUCUUUAUUUGACAGGGUCAUUAUUGGCCAACGACUUUGCAACCUCUGGACUGUGGCUCUUUGAGCCAGUUCCCAUCAGUUUCUUCCGCGGAAUAGGGUUUGGGCCAGGCGGCAAGGGUGAGGGGUGGUGGGUGUGGAAUCAGGAAGGCUCGCGAUUAAUCGGAUGGUGGAGAGGUGACAGAUGGUGGGGGAGAGCGUUGGCUAUAUAUUAG